AUGUCAGGUUUAAACUACCUGAAAUCCCCAGGACACUUUGCCGAACUUUUCAUACGAGGAGAGGAUAACUGUGAAUCCGGUAACGAAUACAAUGGUGAAUAUAUGGGUGCCCGGAUAUCUGCCGUUUUUGUUGUGUUGGUAGCUUCCGCUUUUGGAGCUUUCUUCCCUGUUUUAUCAUCUAAAUAUUCAAUGAUACGGAUGCCUCCUAUCUGCUUCUUUGUUGCAAAGUUUUUUGGUAGUGGUGUUAUUGUAGCCACUGCUUUUAUACAUUUAUUGAGUCCGGCAAGUGACAACUUGUCAAACGAUUGUCUUGGAUAUCCUUUUGAUAUUUAUCCAUUUGCUUUUGGUAUUUGUCUAAUCGUUUUGAUGUUGAUGUUUUUCUUAGAAUUGAUUGCUUACAGAUGGGUGGAAGCAAAAAUUGCUAAACAAAGCCUUGAUGCAAAUGCUCCGCAUUCUCAUUCACAUUUCGGUGAUCCAAAUAUGUACGUGAUCAAUAUAGACAACGCGAAGCAAAACCAUAACCACCAACAUGAUCAUUCACAUAGUCAUGAAAAUGAGAGCUCAGAUAAUGAAGAAGCUCAUCUUCACGUGCAUCCUCAUGGUCAUGCUGAAAAUGAAAUAGAAGUGGUCCAUUUCAGCAAGGAUCAUGCCCACAUUCAUCAAACUCACAAUCAUCUUGCACAUACUCACUCUGACACUUCCAGUGGAGAUGGUUUACGUAGAGAAACACUUGAAAUUACAUAUAGUGAUAUGUCUGCUUCCAAAACCGAAAAAAUGGGGUCAAUACUUACAGAUGAUGACAGCACUGCUGAUAUUGAUGUCGAAAAGCAAGCUUCAGAGUCUUUGGCUGAUUAUUCUGCGCAGAUAUUAAACGUGUUUAUUCUUGAAUUUGGUAUUAUCUUUCACUCUAUUUUUGUUGGGUUAACUCUUUCAUGUUCGGGAGAUGAAUUCGUCUCCCUAUACAUUGUUGUUGUUUUCCAUCAAAUGUUUGAGGGCCUAGGUCUAGGUACCAGAGUUGCUACCGUCGAUUGGCCAAAGUCAAAACGUUGGACUCCAUGGUUGUUAUGUCUAGGUUAUUCUUUGAGUACGCCAAUUGCAAUAGCAAUUGGAAUUGGCGUUAGAAAUUCGUAUCCUCCAAACAGUAGACGUGCUUUAAUUACAAACGGGGUUUUUGAUUCAGUUUCAGCGGGUAUUCUAAUAUACACCGGGUUGAUUGAAUUGAUGGCACAUGAAUUUUUGUUUAGUGAUGAGUUCAAGGGUGAAGGAGGAUUCAAGAGAAUGAUUUGGGCUUAUCUCGUUAUGUGUGUUGGUGCAGGUUUAAUGGCAUUGUUGGGAAGAUGGGCAUGA